AUGGUGGAGCAGACACCACAAAAAUGGUGUCAUCCGCUAAAAGAAGAAGUGUUUGCAGCCAUCAGGGGGAAGGAAAAUUCGACUGUCCAUAAGGUGUUCGACGAAAGGUCUCAAUCCGACUGUCCAUUACUUGUUUUGAAGGUUUUUUAUUUUCUGGGUGAACUUAAUGAUUCCUUAUCCUAUGCCCUUGGAGCUGGCCCUUUAUUUGAUGUUUCAGAGGAUUCAGACUAUGUUCAUACCCUACUUGCUAAAGCAAUAGAUGAAUAUGCCAAUUUCAAGACUAAGGCUGCUGAAGGGAAUGACGAAUCUGUGGUGGUGGAUUCUAGAUUAGAGGUAAUUGUUGAGAGAAUGCUUGAUAAAUAUAUAUUAGAUGGGGUUGUUUCUGGUGACGGACGUGGAGGAGGCCGCCAAAAUCAUUCUGCCCCAUUUUGUCAUAUAUAUUUGUCUCUUGAAGUUGGAGAUCUCUGCAUUCGGCGUGUUGCUGGGUUCUUUAAAGUUGCAUUUUUGUGGGAUUUUGAAAUCAAGUGGUGGGGUGGUGAGGAAGAUAUGUUGGGUGUAUCAAGAAUAUGGGAGAAAGUGUGUAUGAUGGCAGAAGGGGGAUCUCAUUAUUGUUCCAAGAAGACCGAUGAUAUUUGUGGUGAGGAUUCAGGUCGAACAUUGAGCAUGGCGAGAUUGAAGUGUAUUCUACGUGGGCUGGAUAUAAAGGCCUUUAUAUUUCUUUUCGUCUUGGUACCAACAUGUAUUUGCGUUAUAUAUUUGCAUGGACAAAAGAUCACAUACUUUUUGCGGCCUUUAUGGGAGUCGCCUCCUAAGCCCUUCCAUGAAAUUCCUCACUAUUAUCAUGAGAAUGUUUCGAUGGAGAAUCUUUGUAAACUUCAUGGUUGGGGAACACGUGAGUAUCCAAGGCGGGUUUUUGAUGCAGUGUUGUUUAGCAAUGAGCUGGACAUGCUCAAGCUAAGAUGGAAGGAAUUAUACCCUUAUGUGACGGAGUUUGUUCUACUUGAGUCAAAUUCAACAUUCACAGGACUCCCAAAACCUUUCGUCUUCGCUGCUAAUCGAGAUCGAUUUAAGUUUGUCAACUCACGGUUAACUUAUGGGCAAAUUCCUGGGAGAUUUCGGAAAGGUGAAAACCCAUUUAUCGAGGAAGCUUAUCAGAGACUUGUAUUGGAUUAUCUUCUGAAAAAAGCUGGUAUUCAGGAUGAUGACUUGCUGAUAAUGUCGGAUGUUGAUGAGAUACCAAGUAGACACACUAUUAAUCUCUUGAGGUGGUGCGAUGACAUACCUUCGAUCCUUCAUCUUCGUUUGAAGAACUAUCUCUAUUCAUUUGAGUUUCUUCUCGAUGAUAAGAGCUGGAGAGCUUCAAUUCACAGAUACCAAUCUGGGAAGACGAAGUAUGCACAUUAUCGGCAAUCCGAUGACAUUUUGGCAGAUGCGGGGUGGCAUUGUAGCUUUUGCUUCCGACAUAUUAAGGAGUUCAUAUUCAAGAUGAAAGCUUACAGUCAUGUGGAUCGUGUCAGAUUUUCUCAUUAUUUGAAUCCUAGAAGAAUCCAGAGAGUAAUCUGCCGAGGGGCUGAUUUAUUUGAUAUGCUACCAGAAGAGUACACCUUCAGAGAAAUAAUCGGGAAAAUGGGGCCAAUUCCCCAUUCAUACUCGGCCGUGUAUCUCCCUGCAUAUCUUUUUCAAAGUCCCAAGGAAUAUAAAUUUCUCUUGCCCGGAAAUUGCAUACGAGAAAGUGGCUGA